UCAUCCAAAUAAAAUUUUCUGUCCUCUCCAUUGUUACGAAAAAACGAAAAAAAAAAAAAAAAUAUUAAUUCUAAUUAAAUUUAACAAGAAAAUAUUCUAAAUUCCUUUUAUUCCAAAAAGUGUAUUCUUAUUAUUUGCAAAAACAAUGUGGACUUUCUGAAAACACCAACUCUUUGUCCAUUUGUCACUCUCAUUUUUUGUGUGAUAUCAAUAAUUUCUAUAUUAUUUUUUUUUUUUAUUAAUUUUAAUCGCCCUUCAUUCCUUUCUUGUUGUCCGCCCUCUUUGCUAAAAAGAAAGACACAUUCCAACCAAAUAGAGAGAAAAUUACAAUACGUAGUAUAUUUUUUUUUUUGAAUUUAUUUAAUUUAACUUUUUUUGCUGUCCAAAAAGACUAACUAAAAUUGGAAUUAGUUAAAAUGGACAUGCAUCCGGUGGAAAAUGGACUCACGGAAAUUGAUUUCCAACGUCUGGCGCAAACAAUUGCCACAAGCAUACAAAAAAUUUUGCAAAAUGUUUCAACAAUGCAACGGAUGGUCAAUCAAAUCAACAGUCCACAAGAUUCGCCCGAUUUGAAAAAACAAUUACAUCAAAUAAUGACCUACACGCAUCAACUGGUCUCUGAUACAAACAAUCAAUUGAAAGAAGUUGAAAAAUGCAAGGAGCGCCAUUUGAAAAUUCAACGCGAUCGACUUGUGGAUGACUUCACUUCGGCGUUGACAUCUUUUCAGGCUCUUCAACGCAAAACCGUGGACAUUGAAAAGAAUGCAGUUCGACAAGCGAGAGCAAAUAAUUACAAUAUUGCUAAGCCACCUGGGUCAAAUAGCAAUGGAAGUGCCAGCAGCAAUGGCAGUCAAAAUAAUAAAUCUUUCUUUGAAGAUAACUUUUUCAAUCGCAAAGGUUCACAGAAUCAGCAACAACAACAAACUCAGAUGCAAGAAGAAAUCGAUUUACAAGCCUUAGAGGAACAAGAACGUGCAAUCCGUGAAUUAGAGGACAACAUUGUUGGCGUAAACGAAAUCUACAAAAAACUUGGUGCUAUGGUCUAUGAGCAGGGAUUGGUUGUUGAUUCAAUUGAAUCUUCUGUAGAACAAACUAGUGUAUUUGUUACAUCGGGAUCGGAGAAUCUUCGCAAAGCCAGCCAGUACAAGAACAAAAUUCGAAAGAAGAAGCUUAUCUUGCUGUCCAUCCUACUUGCAAUAUUUAUAGUUAUUGUCAUAAUCAUUUCUAUGAGGUUUUCAAAUUAGUAGUAAAUCCCAAAAAAAAUUAAAUGAAAACUCUAAAUGAAAAGGUGAUAAGAAAAAUCGCAAAAAGAAAAACAAAAAGACGUCCUUUUCUCAACUUUCCCCCCUUUAAAGAAUGAACAAAGGAAACAAGCAAUCUAAUACACUCCAACAAAAAAUAA